AUGUACUCUGGUGUCGAUGGUCGAGAAAUGCAAGUUCAAAUUUUUUUCGGGAUUGUGUAUUAUCAACGUCUAAGGCAUAUGAUUGCUGAUAAAUUUCAAGUACGCUCAACUGGCCCUACCGACCCGGUGACGUUGCAGCCCGUGAAAGGCCGAAAGAAAGGUGGUGGAAUUCGGUUUGGUGAGAUGGAACGCGAUGCCGUUAUUGCCCAUGGAGCGGCAUUUACGCUGCAGUCCAAUUUUAUUUAA